AUGCCUAGACCGACACAGAAUGCAUCCGAACUAAGUUUGGUUGCUCCCAUACCCAUUCAAUUGACCGAUGGAGCUAUCGGCCAUACCCACUUUGGUACAAACUCUCACAUCACUGAUGUUCUUGUUGGUGAAUCGCAUCUUGUUCUGGGGGACUCUUCUGGGCUGUACAUGGUGUGGCCUAUCCGAAUAGUGGUUGAUGAAGCGUCUCAUUCCCUGAUUUUCCUCUACAAGAGAUAUAGUGAUAUUUACGCAUUUAGAGAGAAGGUGGUGAAGGAGUUCCCGGACGAUGAUAUCCCGGAAAUGCCUCCUAAGGAUUCAUUUAGCAUGGCGAGAUUAUGGCAACUGGGCCUGUGGCUCGAAAACAGAAGAAAGGGCAUUCAAUGGUUUUUGUCCAAUGUCUUGCUCAACCCAAAGUACCAGCACUCGAAGGUAAUCAAUGAUUUCGUGUUAAGCUAG